UGCGCUCUCGGAACAGAGAGCUACCGAACAGAGUUCCAGCCAGCGGUUGUUGACACAGCUUUAUGAUGUGGGCGAAGUAACGGUCUAUGGUCAUUCUGUUUGGGACUGCUUCUAAAAAAAAAAAUAGUUCUCUUUCUUUUUACUACCGCUUUUGCGUGGGGUCUCUAACACGAGUUCAAUUCUUAGUUAUCCCUUCAUGUAAAGCGAGGCUUUGGGCGGUGGGAAGCUCUGCUACUCGCUAGCUAGCAGAGAGCGGAUCAGCUGCCGAGCGGGCGAUACUUAACAGCUUUUAUGGGAAGAGAGGGAGAAGCUUCCGGUGCUCAGAUAAUAAUGCAGUGAUUACAUACGUGGCUCGCUGUCGACUCGAUAUUAGCCGUUAGCCCCUUAACUUUUAGUUUGAACUCCUGAAGGUUCACCAUUCAGCCGGAGAUGAAGAGCUAAAUUGAUGCUUGGAUUCAAACAUCUACAAAGGAGAUGAGUCAGCUUUGGUGGCGAGCCAAGCGCCUGUCGGAGAGGUUGGGAAGCGACUCUCCCGAUGGCCUUCCCCCGGGCUUCCCGAGCACCGUGGCCCCUCAGGGGUCCAACUCCUCCUGGGCCCCCAUCCCCCUGAUAUUCAAGCCGGAGGAGCACUUCUUCCUCAUGACGCCCACUGCCCAGACUAUCUCCGGGUUCUUCGUCUGGACGGCGCUUCUCAUCACGUGUCACCAGAUCUACAUGCACCUCCGUUACUACAGCUCUCCAAACGAGCAGAGACACAUAGUCAGGAUCCUGUUCAUCGUCCCCAUCUACGCCUUCGACUCCUGGCUCAGCCUGCUUUUCUUCACCAAUGAGGAGUAUUACGUGUACUUCGACACAGUCAGAGACUGCUAUGAAGCGUUUGUCAUCUACAACUUUCUGAGUUUGUGUUAUGAAUAUCUGGGAGGAGAGAGCGCCAUCAUGGCUGAAAUCAGAGGGAAACCCAUCGAGUCAAGCUGCAUGUACGGGACCUGCUGUCUGUGGGGAAAGGCCUACUCCAUUGGUUUCCUCAGGUUUUGCAAACAGGCCACUCUCCAGUUCUGCGUGGUCAAGCCUCUGAUGGCGGUCAUCACCGUCAUUCUUCAGGCCUUUGGGAAAUACAAAGACGGAGACUUCAACGUUGCCAGCGGCUACCUGUACGUCACCAUCAUCUACAACAUCUCUGUCAGCUUGUCGCUCUACGCGCUCUUCCUCUUCUACUUUGCAACGCGCGAGCUGCUCGUCCCCUACAACCCCGUGCUCAAGUUCUUCAUGGUGAAGUCGGUCAUCUUCCUCUCCUUCUGGCAGGGCAUGCUGCUGGCCAUCCUGGAGAAAUGCGGCGCCAUCCCUCAGAUCGACUCCGCCGACUUCUCCGUGGGGGAGGGAACGGUCGCCGCCGGCUACCAGAACUUCAUCAUCUGCAUCGAGAUGUUCUUCGCCGCCGUGGCUCUGCGCCACGCCUUCACCUACAAGGUCUACAUGGACAAGAGGCUGGACUCCUACGGCUCAUUUCCCAUCUAUGGACAAUACGGUCGCGGUGCUCCGAUGAAGAGCAUCUCCAGCAGUCUGAAGGAGACCAUGAACCCGGGGGACAUGGUCCAGGACGCCAUCCACAACUUCUCCCCGGCCUACCAGCAGUACACCCAGCAGUCCACGCUGGAGCGCGGCGGGGGGCCGUCCCUGUCGCGCAGCCACAGCAACCUCAGCGCCCGCGGCGACAACGAGAAAACCCUCCUGCUGAGCUCCGACGACGAGUUCUGACCUCCGACCUCCUGACGUUUUACUCAAGCCUUAACCUUCAGCGGUGUUUUUUUUUUUUUUUUUUUUUUUUUUUUUUAGUUUCCAUUCCGGAUGAGAACGACCGCUCUGGUCGGAAACCGUGGCGACCGGCGGCGUCACGGAGGGACCAUCCGAGGCUUUUUGAAGCCCGACUUGUUACUCGUGGUGAUGUCAUAUAGCAGCUGUGGUUGUUACGGUUACAGAUGCUAGCUAAAUGUCUGCAUACAUCAGAAUAUGGGUUAGUACUAAAUAGCCGUGCCUGCUUCUAGCAUCUGGUUAAUGCACUUUAGAUGGUACAGCAGAGAAAAUAAGUGCCAUCUUCAUCUAAAACACACUGCUUUCUUUGGUUUUAGUUUUUUUUGGUUUUGUUGGUUUCUUUUCUGAACAUUGCCAAAAAAAAGAAAAAAAAAAGAAGAGAGCAGAGAGAGAAAUCUGAGCUCCACUGAUUUAGAGUUGCUUUAUAGAGAAAGGUACGGAGAUUCAAUCUGCUGGCUUUAGGUGUGUUCUUUUUUUAUUAUUAUUAUAAAUAAUUUUAUAUGUCAUGCUGUGUGUACGGCGCAUUAUUAACACACUAUUUGAGAAAUGUAUGUCAGAUAUAUUGGAUAUACUAUGUACUUUGUUAUUGUAGGUUUGUUUGAUGAGACCAGUGACGGUGAACCCAGCUGUCAACCCAGACAGGACAGCUGUAGGAGAGAUUGUUUUGUUUUGUUUUGAUUUGGCGUUGGGGGGCGGGGACCGGAAGUACGACGCCCACGCAGAUUACAGAUUACCGAAGAAGCCAUGCUUCCUGCUGAGCUUCCCCAGCUGUGAUAUGCUGGACUCUGUAAUCUUAUGGUUGAUGCCGUCAAGUCCAGCACAGAGCCUGCUGCCCCCUGGUGGUUCUCACAUGUCACUGCGUCUCCGCCGCAGCGCGUUUCAGACGUAACUACGUUUGAAUAAAGGAAAGGCUUUAACUUUAA